CAGGUGCUUGGAUAUCAGCUCUGGAUGGCAUCAGGAUAAUUCUGAUUCCUUUCAAAACCAAAACUGUCCUGAGAUGCCACCAAGAACUGGCUGCAUUUUCCAUAAAGACUUUUGGAGAUUGAACCUGAAGAUGUGAGAGGACAACACAAAGUUCAGCAGAUCUCUGAAUUCCAGGCUGGCUUUUCUUGGCAGCUACAGGAAGGACAGGUUUGGUGUCUGCAGUGUGGUGACAGUGCAGGGACAAUGGGGAGAAAGCAAAACCAUCCCAGUUCCCAAGGUUUGGAGUCAGGAAUUGAGAAGUGACAGAAAGCAGAGCAGUGAAAUCCCUCUCAUCCUUUCUGGAUUCACCAAACCUCCUGUGGCUCCUCUCUUCUCCUCCCUGUGCUGUGGGAUUCAGUUUCCAUCAGGAGGAUGCAGAUUUCCUCUGGAGUUCCAGGCACAAUUCCAGUUUCCCUGUGCUGACCCCAAGAAUGAAGAACUUUGAACUGCAGGUGUGCCCACCCAUCUCCCCAAGCCCUGGGCUUUGUUUUCUUGUCAAAGGUUUUUUCCAGAGGCUCAUCCAUGUGGGAAAUGUGUUCUGCAGUUUGGGCUAUCCUAGCAACUGUGAGGAGAUCAGCACAGCCCCCAGCUGGCAGCCCAAACACUGAGAGGCACUGGUUAAAGUUUAAUCCUGGCACGGGGCGGCAGGAGCUGCCGCAGGAGCGGCCAGGUGGGAGCUCUGGGGAGCAUGGGAUGAGCAGAGGGGCUGCCAGGAGAGCUCCCCACCAUGAAUGGAUUCUCAAACUGCUCUGCCAACUACACCAGGAUCUGGAGUCACUACCUGGUGCUGGCCCUGGGGAUCCCCCAGCUGACCAUCAACGUCACCUCCGUCAUCUUCAACGGGCUGGUCAUCGUCACCCGCCUGGCCGCCAGGGACCUGCACAAGCCCAUCUCCAUCCUCUUCUGCAACCUGGCUGUGUCUGACCUCUUCACCAGCUUCUCUGGCUUCUGGAUUUCCAUGCUGUUCAUCACCAACCCCGACGUCACCAUCUUUGGCUCGCAGGACAUGCUGGCUCCCUACUCCCUGUACACCACCUCCAUCCUGUCCACCAUCUACAACCAGGUGAGCAUCGGCAUCGAGCGCUACCUGGCCGUGGCCAGGAGCAUGAGGACGAGGUUCAGGGUGGCCAGGCACCACUCCAUCGCCGUGGUCUUCAUCAGCUGGCUGCUGGCUUUCCUGCUGGGCUGCCUGCCCCUGAUGGGCUGGAACUGCCUGGGGGCAGAGAGGAGCGUCUCGGUGCUCUACAGCCCCUUCUGCGUCAACUACCUCGUCUUCAUCACCAUGCCCAACGUGGUGGUGGCUUUCCUCGUGCCUCUCUUCACCUACCUGCGGAUCAUCCUCAUCCUGAGGAAGAGGAAGCUGAGGAUGCAGGCGUGCGGCCAAGCCAGCAGCACCUACAAGUCGGCAGAGACGCAGGUGGCCAGGACCAGCAUCUCCAUCUGGCUGCUGGCCCUGGUGUCCUACGCGCCCUUCCUGGCCGGCGUCAUCUUCGACGCCGCCAACCGGCGCUGCCACACCGACCUCUACCCCGGCGCCUACAUCUUCAGGAACUGCACGGCCAUGCUGAUCACCAGCGCCUGCCUGGGCAACCCCGUGCUCUACACGCUCAGGUUCGGGGCGCUGGGCGCCAGGCUGAAGGCGCUGCGCUGCCCCUCGGCCUCGCGCGUGCGCGCCAUCGACCACGCCUGAGGGGAGCGCCAGGCCGCGGGCCUGAGGGGCGGGAGAGCUGGGGUGUGGGCCAGACACACACUGAGGGGUGGGAA